AUGUUCGGCGCUAAGGCCGGGGGGUUUGGGCAACCGAAUGCCAAUACUGGAUUUGGAACAUUCGGCAGUAACCCCGCCGCCACCAGUCCGUUUGGGCAAACGACCGCUUUCAGCAAACCAGUGACGACCGGUGCAUUCGGAGCGACUCCGACGUUUGGCCAGCAACCAACGACAUCACUGUUUGGCCCAACCCAACCCGCUGGGGGUCUGUUUGGCGCUAGUACCAGCAACGCCCCAACCUUUGGUGGUGCAACAGCCGCUCAACCAGGGUUUAGUGCUUUUGGUCAACAACAACCACAAACAACGUCACUGUUUGGCACUCAGAACAACACCGCCGCCAACACGUCACUGUUUGGAAACAACAACAACACUUCGUUUGGUGCGGCUAAACCGGCGGGCUUUGGGUUUGGCCAAACAAGCACGCAGUCGUCUCUUUUUGGACAGGCGAGUACUAGCCAAACAACAACUUCCGGUUUCUUUGGUCAGAACACCCAGAGUGGGGGCUUGUUCGGUGCCGCUAAACCGGCAUUCGGUGCGGCCACCGUUGUUGCCGGUGGAAAUGGAACGGCGGUGGCUAAGUAUCAGCAAACACACGGUACGGACACUCUGGUCAAGAACGGCACCACGACCACCAUCAAUACGAAGCAACACUGCAUCACGUUCAUGAAAGACUAUGAAAACAAAUCGGUCGAGGAACUCCGCUUCGAGGAUUACGUCGCUAAUCGGAAGGGACCGCAGGCGGGUGCACCGGGGGGUGGGUUAUUCGGUGGUGGUGCUCAGACCACUGGACUGUUUGGUACAACAACGCAACAGACGAGUGGACUGUUCGGACAGAAUGCGGCUGCCCCUGCAACCGGAGGUCUCUUCGGAACGUCGACGAACACGUUCGGUGCGACUACGACCCCACCCUUCGGUACGACAGCAGGCAGUACCUUUGGCAAACCAUUCGGAAAUGCACCGGCUACUUCGGCCCCCGGUUUUGGUUUCGCUCAAUCGACCACCUCGACGCUCGGUGGCCUCGGAGCGAACAAACCGACUUUCGGUGCUACAGGCACCGGGCUGUUCGGACAAACGGCUGCACCAGCCACCAACACUUUCGGUCAAACUUCAGCCUUCGGUGGAUUUGGUACGCAAAAUACGGCCACCCAACCAGGAGGCCUCUUUUCCGGGGCUGGUACAGCUGGUGCAGCACCCGCUACGGGUGCAUUCGGUACGCUUGCACCGUCAACGGGCACCAGUUUCAGCUUUGGAAGCAACACGCAAACCAAUCAGCCAGCCGGUUCGACACUGUUUGGAGCCAAACCAGCCAAUACAUUCGGCACCCUGGGCGGCACCACGUUCGGGCAGAAUGCUACUUCCAGUGCGCCGUCGUUCGGGUUUGGAACAAACACCAAUACAACCGGAACAGGAGGCUCAUUUUUCGGCAGUUCGUUCAACAAACCGGCAGCACCAGCGUUUGGGUUAGGAUCUACGGCACCCGCCGGUGGGCUGGGAACAGGCGGAGGACUUACGUUCGGCACCGGUACAACUUCACUCUUUGGAAACACAGCCAACAAACCGGGCGGUCUCGGUACCGGGACUUCCCUGUUUGGCAACACGUCAACACUCGGAGCAACAGGCGGUGCGUUCGGAUCCUUGGGCAUGGGUUCGUCAUUUGGAACCGGCGGAAUAGGCGGCACGGUGGGCAUAGGAGGUAUUGGAAUAACAACCUCACCAACAGGGCAGCAAGCAGUGCCAAUUCAUCAACAAAUCCUGGCAAUGGCAACCUCCCCGUACGGUGACAAUCCCAUUUUCAAGGGUAUCAAACCACUGGCCGGUCCGACGGAGGACUCGCUCAAGCCGACCAACCCGUCGGCCCAGAAAGCGAUCCUCGAGGGGUCCAACUAUCACUUCAAAGUAAGCUCCCGUUCCGGGUCGGCCGACCGCGUGAAGGUGAAACCUCUAGGUGCGGCGCAGCUGAAAAAGUCCAUCUUCGACGGCCUGGAAGAGUACGAUAGCACACUUGAGGACAGUUUCACGCUCAAACCAAACGCGAAGCGAUUGAUCAUCAAGCCGAGGUCGGUGAAGCCCACGAUCGUAAUUCCGGAGAGCGAAGCCGUUGAUGGUUCGACCGUCACGGAUGUGGCAAACUCCCCUACCAUGAUCUAUGGUCGAUCUACCUCGGGCUAUCGCGUGGCGGAAGAGUCAUUCCGCAAUCAGAUUCCGACAAAUCCGGCAGAAAGCGCCAAGCAGCAAAACGACGGCAAUCGGCGCGUUUCGUGGCUCCAAUCGAACGUGCUGGAUAAGGUGCGUCAACAGCAAAGCAGUAAUCCGCGCCUCUCGGAAUCGGUGCUGGACAACACUAUCAAAGAGUUUGCAUCGGUGUCGAAUAAUCGUAACGAGAAACCAUCCUCAUUGUCACCGGGUACUAUUCGAGAAGAAUCAAUCUCGAUCGGUGAAACAGACCCCGCCGCAAAAGGAGGUUCCAGAGGGCUAUCUGGCACAUCGCCAACAUCAGCAGCGACGGGCAACAAUCAAACCGCGAAUGAAAGUUUCAUAUCAAACCGUUCGUUCCUGAACGAGACGAGCCUCGGAGGAGGGAUAGGCACGGAUUUGUCCACUUCGGUGCCAGCACUCGUAGAGGAUGCGGAACCACAUCCGACGGGAAUUGUGCUUCGUCGCACAGGGUACUAUACGAUUCCGUCGUUGGAUGAAAUCGCCCAACUGAUGGACGACGAAGGACGAUGCAUUGUGGCGAAUUUUACCAUCGGUCGCAAGGGCUACGGAAAUGUGUACUUCAACGAGCCGAUCGAUGUGGCUGGCCUCAAUCUGGAUGAGAUUGUUCAUUUUCGCCACAAAGAAGUUAUUAUCUACCCGGAUGACGAGAACAAACCGCCCGUGGGCAGUGGGUUAAAUCGGAAGGCCCAAAUUACGCUGGAUCAAGUGUGGCCUCACGACAAGUCGCUGCACGAACCGAUCAAGGAUCCGCAGCGGUUGGCGCUAAUGGACUACGAGGCCAAACUGCGCCGCGUGUGCGACAAGCAUGAUACACGCUUUCUCGAGUACCGCCCGGACACUGGCAGCUGGGUGUUCAAGGUGGAGCAUUUCUCAAAGUACGGUCUGAGCGACAGUGAUGACGAAGAUGCGGGGCAGGUUGAUCCGAAGAAGUUAAAAAUGAUGACCAAGGUGAAGAAUGUGAAAACGACACCGAAGCAGCAAUGGCAGCAGCCACAGCAGCAGCAGCGUAGUAAAACUCAACAAACACCGGGAACCUCGCCGACGUCUCAAUCAACAACUGAGCAAAACAGUAAUGCAUUGAGUGAUCGUCGUCGGAAUGUAACGGAUGAUGAUAACGGUACUCGGCGCCAUGAAGCGUUCGAGGACGAUCCCAGUCCGCCACGGUACACAACACUGGUGGAUGAUGAGAAUGGAAACUAUACCGCUCACAACGACACAACAACUAGCCCGACGGCCGCUAUUGCACUGGAGAUGGGCACCGAUCCGCACAAGAUACAGUUGAUGAAGGCAUCGUUCUUUGGCGACGAUGAAUUCGACGAGGGCCGCGACAGCCCGGACCAGAUUGUGCCUGGUGGUGGCGGUGGAAGUCGCUCCACGGGUGGAUCCGGUGGACUGUUGUUACAAAGCCUCUAUGGUGCGAUAAGCAAACCGACUCCCAACGACUCUAUUUCGUUCGGUAGCGGCGUGGAUCGUUACAACAAGCACUCGUUGCUUCACGCAGAAGGAUUGUCGACCAUCGGCUUUACACCCGGGAGCUUGUUAAAAACAUCCACAGCGAAAACAAUCCAGGUGGAUGGAGAGUCCACCGGAAGUGUGGAAAGCUCUCUACAGACGGCACAUAAACUGUCACAGCGGGCAGUUGGCGGCACGAAGGUAGUAGCACUUCCGCCGAUACCACGACCCGUCGGACCACUAUCGUUGCCGUUGUUGAUUGAACCGCGCAUCGAAACUCUUCAACCGAUGAACGUCGUGAUACCGCUUUCGAAAUCGAUUCUCCAACGAUUUUUGGCCAACAAGUCCAAUCUGGCUUUCUUCCACGGGCGUAAGUUCAAGGUCGGCUGGGCAAACGGUUCGUCUAUGGUGCUGCUAAACACGCGCAACAAUUGCUCCGAGCUGAGCCAUUGCCUCGCCAGUGUCACAGGCACCGGUGGCCAGUCUUCCGAAUCGUCCGUCAUAAGUAUCGAUUCGGCGAUGAAGUUCUUCCGUGGCCGUGGCCGUGAGGAUUACUCACCAGCCGCACUCCAAGUGCUUCGCUUGCAGUCGACGGCGGCCCCGUCCGUCACCCUCGAUGCACUCGAUUUCCACCUGUCGAUUGAGUGUCACUUGCGCGUGCAGUUACGCCACGUGGAGCACCGUUCGGUGGCGGAUGGUAACACUGAUUGUCCGAUGCUGGUGGCAGGUGGCAAGUAUAGCAAUCUGGAGGAUCAUUGCGAGCAGGCGCGAUCGCUGCACGAAUCGACCGGCACUGAAUAUGAUGAGCUGUGCGCUGACGUUUGGUCGCUGCUGGUGGCGCUGUGGGGAGCCCGUGAGGAGCUGGAGGGUGUAGAAGAUGGGGCUCAUCUUAGCACCAUGUUCCGGCGGGAUCUGUUCUCCGAGUGGAUCGAACGCGUCGUCACCGAUCGGUCACAGAAAGAACGCAAGCAGGCGGAAAAGCGUGACUAUCUCGACCAGUUGCUCGAGUUGAUUCGCACCCAUAAGGUGCUAGAAGCGUGCGAUUUGGCCUUCGAGAACAACGACCUGCAGCUGGCACUGUUGAUAGCCCAGAUUUCAGGGGGUCCGGCCGUCCGGCAGUUGCUGCAGCGGCAACUGUGCGCCUGGCAAGACUCAGAAGCCGACCGAUUCAUCGAUCCACGCCGGUUGCAGGUGUUUAUGGCGAUCGCCGGCGUUCCGGUGAUGUCAUCGUCGCAUGGAGCAAUCAAUCUGUUCGAAAGUGUCGACUGGAUGAAGUCACUCGCCAUGCACCUGUGGUAUCUUUCCACACCGACCGCCUCCAUUACCGAUGCUCUGAUCGGGUACGAGCAUUCGUUUGAGUCCACCGAUUUCUACACCCUUCCGCCGGUGCCACCGUACACGAGACGUUUUCAGCCCAACGCAGGAAGCGGUGAUCGGGCCGUACGUGACGUGCGCUUCCACUUGUUAAAACUGUACUCGCGGCGCAGCCAUCCACUGGAACCGCUGCUCAAUCCGGCCUCACACACGGCCGAUCCGACGGACUAUCGGCUCAGCUGGUUGCUGCUGCAGGCACUCGAAACGCUCGGUUAUCGCCACUGUUCGGAGUUUUCGCGCAGUCAGCUACACGUUGCGUUUGCCAAUCAGCUCGAAAGCUACGGUCUUUGGCAAUGGUCCGUGUUCGUAUUGUUGCACCUGCAGGAUCAGGCACGCCGAGAGCUGACGGUGCAACAGCUCCUUUACCGUCACGUUCAGCUCGAUGACGACGAGGACUAUCUGACCCAAGAGCGCUUUAUCAUCAAGGAGCUGGGAAUACCGGAGAAGUGGAUCCACUGGGCAAAGGCCGUGAAGGCAGGCUCAAUGUUCGACUAUAGACAACAGGCACACUAUCUCUUGCAAGCGAAACAGUGGUCUCUGGCGCACGAGGUUAUCUUGCUUCAUCUUGCACCGGAGUUGGUGAUGAACGAUAAAAUUGCACAGCUAAAGGGAAUGCUGGAUGCCAUUGAGAACCCGAAACAGAUAUCAAGCUGGGCUACCAAGGGCCAGAUUCUGUCGGAUUUCAUUGAACUCAACGAAAAGUUCGAGUUGAUAAAGGACACAAUCGACGACGCAAUGGUGGAGCAACAGUUGGAGGAGCUGAAGCCGAAGCUGUCCGAUCUAUGUUCGGUCAUCAAAAUGUUCCCGUGUCCGACUCCGAAGCACGUGCUGCUGCAGAGUGAAAUUUCGCACCGUCUGGCCUACUUUGUACGGACGUUCUUCAUGGACGAUCCUCAGAUCAGCGGCAGUGCGUUAAUGCGCGGAGCCCUCGAACGGUUGCCUCUGCCAGAGGAAUACGUGAUGGGGGAGCUGGAUCAUAUGCUGCGGGCGUUCUUGGCCGAGGAACUACACAAUUGACCAGCCAGCAGGUAAACGCUGCAGCGCCGAUACGGUUCAAUACAGCACGAGCAGCAGACACUAGUGUACCACGGAAGUGUCACCAGAACAACACGAUAUUCCUUUUCUGGCGGAUCCGGCGCAUUUCCUAUCGGCUUGUUCAAUGUUCCUGUAGUGGUUGUUUUGCUAGAACGUAAACUCUUACAUUGCCCAUGGGAGCGAGACGAAAGUAGCGCUUCUGGGAAUUUCAAUCACUAUCGAGCCGGACGUUGUGUGACAUAUUAUAGAUGCGUACAAUUUGUUAUAAAAUUACCCUACCCUACGGAUAUCGUUGUAAACCUACACUUAAAAUCAUAAAAGUAAAUAAAGGAAUAU